AUGAAUCCUAGAAGAAGCCAAGAGAGCUUACCUGAUUUGAUUCUCUUUAUGAUCAUCUCUAGCUUGCCAUUCAAGGAAGCUAUGAAAUUGAGUCUUGUCUCAAAGCGCUGGGAGAGUCUCUGCCACAAAAUGACCAACAUUGCUUUCAAGGAGUCCGAAUUCGUGAAAUUUUCAGACGAUGAACAAACUAAAAGCGUCGCUAGGACUUCGUUCGUUCACUACAUGCUUAAAUGGGUUGCAAAUUUUACCGGUGAAGAGAUCAAAAGUUUUAAACUUUAUCUAUCUAAACCGGUUGAUAUCACAACAGAGGUCAUGUCGCUGAUCAAUUUCGCGGUCUCAAAUCACGUCAAGAAUCUAGAUCUUGAUUUCUCAUACCCUUCUUGGAUUACCAAGAUUGAAGCAGAAACAAGAGUCUUUCAAUUUCCGGGAAGCUUUUACAAUCAAAUGAACCUCGAGUCACUGAAGCUAUUCGCUUGCGGGUUUGAUCCAUCAAGGCUCGCGAAAACAGGUUCACUAAAAACUCUCUCUUUUGGUUGGAUCCAACUCAGAGACAUCAUGUCUUUGAUACUAAAGUGUCCUCUUCUCGAGAGUCUAAGCAUUCAAAACUGUUGGGACGUUGGUCUCGAAAAGAUAACCGAAAAUAACAACCGGUUAAGAGAAUUGGUAUUCGAGAAUUGCGAUUUCGCCGUGGAUUAUACAACACUCGACUUGCCCAACAUUCAGAUCUUCAAGUACUCAGGUAGGUUUCAUUACUUUCAGUUCGUAGGAGUGAAUAGGGUAAUGAAAGAAGCAUACUUAGAUUUUGGUGUGGAGACAGAGUGCCAAGAAGGAGAAACAGGAGAACUUCUUUGUGGUCUCCUUUACGAUCUUUUAUCCGCCAAAAGAUUAACCAUAUGUCCCUUUAUCAUCCAAUUGAUUCAAGAGUAUGAUCCGGUUCGAUUACAAGCAUCCAUGGAAACAAGACAUUUGGUAAUGAAAACAAAUAUGCUUCCACAUGAGUUCAUUGGGAUAAAGGUUAUGAUCAAUAGUUGUCCUGAUUUGGAGACUCUCACUUUGCAAAUGGUUGAUCCUAGGCAUGUCUUACCGACGGAUUUUGAGAUCGAAUUCGAUCCGGAAACUUAUUGGGAGUAUCCAAUCAGCCAUAGGUGUUUAAAGAAAACGCUCAAAGUUGUGGAGUUGAGGAACUUUAGAGGUGGCUUGUACGAGGUAUAUGUGUUGCAGUUUCUGAUCCGGUGUGGUCUUGUGUUGGAAAGGGUUGAGCUUUAUUUGCCGAUUGGAGUGGUGGAGAGUCAAAGGACUUCUGCUUUUGUUGUUGCUGAGUCUUUGUGGAAGGUGACCAAGAUAGCUUCGAAGAAUUUGAAGAUUUAUCUUCACACUGGUUGA